CAUGCGCACGCACCGUCCCCGUCCACGCUGCAUCGGGUUUUUUUCUCGGACUCACUCCAGCGCAGCCGAACCGACGCACACGACAGCCGGCGAUGUAAACACCAGUCAAAGCUGCUCCACACGCUCGUUUAGUUUAUUCUGUCCAGGUGCAAAUCAACUUUUCGCUACUGGUGACCGCCGCCAGCCGUCCCCGUGACGUCACGAGCCGCAGGCAGCGGCGGUGACGCGUGCGCGCGUAUCUCGAGCCCGCGAAGAAAGAGCGCUCGAGCCACCGCGCGUCGCAGAAAAAAGGAAAGGAGAAAAAGUUCCCCUGUCACGGAGGUAACGGGGCCAGCUCCUGCAGCCAGCCGCUUCGCCAGGAGCGCCAUGAAUCUGAGCAAGUCCGGUGGCGCUCCAUCCAGCGCGAGCUCCGUGGACGAGCUGGUCAUCACGUCGACCUUCGGCACGCUGCUCUCGCUCGUUUACGUGGUCGGCGUGUCGGGCAACGUGUACACGCUGGCGGUGAUGUGCCACUCCAUCCGCUUCGCCACGUCCAUGUAUAUCUCCAUCAUGAACCUGGCCCUGGCGGACCUGCUCUACCUCUCCACCAUCCCCUUCGUGGUGUGCACGUACUUCCUGAAAGACUGGUACUUCGGGGACGUGGGCUGCCGCAUCCUCCUCAGCCUGGACCUCCUCACCAUGCACGCGAGCAUCUUCACCCUCACGGUCAUGUGCACGGAGCGCUACCUGGCCGUCACCAAACCUCUGGACACGGUCAAGCGCUCCAAAAGCUACCGGAAAGCCAUGGCGUGGGGCGUGUGGCUCCUGUCCCUGCUCCUGACCCUGCCCAUGAUCAUCAUGGUCAACCAGACCACCAGAAAGUCCGCGGACGGAGGGGUGAAGCGGAUGUGCGCGCCAACCUGGGCGCCCGAGGCAUACAAGAUCUACCUGACCGUCCUCUUCUGCACGAGCAUCAUGGCGCCCGGGUUCAUCAUUGGCUACCUGUACACCCGGCUGGCCAGGACGUACCUGGAGUCUCAGAGGAGCUCAGCCGCCAACAAAGGCAACAAGCGCUCGCCCAAGCAGAAGGUUCUCAUCAUGAUCUUCACCAUCGUGCUGGUGUUCUGGGCAUGCUUCCUGCCCUUCUGGAUCUGGCAGCUCCUGCCGCUGUACCACCAGCCCCUCAGGCUGGCCUCCCACACGCACACCUGCAUCAACUAUCUCGUGGCGUGUCUGACGUACAGCAACAGCUGCAUCAACCCUUUCCUCUACACGCUGCUGACCAAGAACUACAGGGAGUACCUCAAAAACCGCCACAAGAGCUUCUACCGCUACACGUCGUCCUUCAAGAAGCGCCCGCCGAGCUUGUACUCAUGGGGGAAGUCCGCGUCCUCCAGCAACCAGUUCGAGUUCAACUCCGAGACGCUGGUGAUGGCGCAGCUGAAAGUGCAGUGAGGCAAGGAUGGAGAGAAGAAGAGGAACAAGUGAAGCCGCGCUAAGGGCUCCAACAAGGCACCGGGGUCCUUAGCUGAAGAGGGACCCUACGGCAGAGUGGGGUCUGCUAUCGCAUGAUCAGGGUCACAUGUGAAGGACACAGUGAUGGCGUAACGCGUGCCCCAGACAACCUUCUCGACA